UUGUAAUGACGAAACAAAGGUUUUUACGUAGUGGGUCACGUGACAUUUCACGGUCAAUCAAGUGAAGGGGAGCACGUGCCAUACCUUAAGACUACAAAAACAAGUAGGUGACAUUUUGAACUCCCAAAACCCCAGAAGGAAGCGAGUAUGGCCACUAUUAGAUUCGGGAGUAGCGUUGGUCCGUCCGGAGUCAACUCUGAAAAUCAACAUCAUGGCUGGACUGAAGAAAACGUUUAUAGUGAAGACACUGAUGACGUCGGUGACCCCAACAGGAUUGUGCAGUGCCCUUAUGACAAAAACCACCAGAUCAGAGCCUCUCGCUUCCCUUUUCAUGUUCUCAAGUGCAGGAAGAACCACCCCAAACUGGCUAGUGAACUGAAGACUUGCCCCUUCAACGCCAGACACUUGUUUCCCAAGCAUGAGUUGUCUCAUCACAUUGCGAACUGUGAAGACAAGAGGUCACUGAAUGCUGAAGAUGGAAAUGUAGAGCUGCUGGAGAAGUUUCAGGUGCCUGUUAACACCUGCACAAACCCUUCACCCUAUGAGGACUGGGAAACAGAGGCUGAUGAUAAUGCUGCUAUGUUUGUCUGGGGUGCAUCCAACAAUCAGCUUGCCCAAAACGAUCCAGAGCCAUCUACCACCAUCAGUUUAUCCGAUGGACUCCGGGCACCACGGACUCUUCCAUGGAAACUCUGAUGUCACCACUGGAUGGACUUCACCUACUAAUCUUACUUAAUACUUUAAGCCCUGUGUGAUUUCUAGCCUAACUUGUUUAAAGUCUACUUAUAUUUUAAAGUUUUUAAUUUUUAAAGUGUUGUGAAAUUUUCCCUUUUCCUAUUUUCUACAAGGUAAUACACUCUGUAAACGGUUAUGGUCCAUGUGUAGAGAUGCUCCUUAUUAAAGCAAAGAAUUGUCAUUUUCAAGUGAGACCCCAUUCAGUGCCAAUCUAUCUGGACCUUUUGCUUUUUGUGGAAGUGGUUCUUUAAUCCUGAUCUGUAUGAUUCAUUAAAGAUUUAAGUGCAAGCCUC